CAGAUUUGGCAGAAUCAAGCAGCACAUUCUCGAAGUUUCUAUCGACCUGUCCUAAGGUGGAUCCUGUCCUCAUUACAAGGAACUCCCCUUUAAUGCCUCCAAGUCCAGCAGAAGAAUACAUUACCGAAUCCUCAUCAAAAGAUUACCGUGACUUAGAGGGCGCAGUAGGCAGCACAGUGACUUCAGCCCACGAGCCCAUCGCAGAGCAGGAAGACAGCGUUCGCAUUGGUAAUGAGGGUUUACACGAGUUCGCAUCAAAGACAUCUGCGUUUAGAAAAGUCCAAGUUUACAAAGCGGAGAAUCAUACCUUGAGUUCGUCAGUGUUAGAACUUCAAGUUCCAAAUCCGCCACCAGGGACCGGCUGCGAUCGUUCGAAUUGUUUCCGUAAUAAAGUUGCUUUAAACAGUCUUAAAUCUGAUGAACGACGUGAUCGGGACGCAGAUUGGUCUCUGGAGCAACUAAAAAAAGCCAAAUUUAACAGCCAUUUAAGCCUAGAUAUGUCGAGUCUUAAAGAACAUAAUGAGAUGUCUAUUAUUCACCUAGAGCCUUGGAAAAAUAGUUUUUAUUCAAUUUCUCCGCCACUUAGGGAACACAAUGCUAGUCAUCUUAUCAAGCCAACUGAAUUCAACGCACCAACUACGAGUUAUGGUGGUGUUUCAUCCACGCAGCGCGCUAACUCUUAUGCUGAACAAAAUAUUAUACUUCGUCCUACGAAUGCUAGUCAUUUCUCCAAAACUGUUUCAAGUGAUCGUCAAAACAACCAGUUCUACAAAGAGUGUACACCAGUCGCGCGUCAGAGAGAUCAGUGGACUUCCCAGCAAUACACGAAACACUCUGCUGAAUCAGAUCCUAGUCUUAUGAAGGAUUUUUCCCUGCCGAAGGAACAAGGGGGCUCUUAUUUUGAAUCCCAGCUCACGAGAAGCUCGAAUAUUUGCGUUAAAGAGGUACCAAUGCUCGAUCAACUAUCUCAGGGUUCAGCCGAUGAGUCCGGACGUGCUGAAGAAUGCCAUGCUGUCCAGUUGCUUCUUAAAACAAUGGACACUGAAGACGCAACCCCCGCUGUGCCAAAUAAAGUAACCGAGUUAAAAUCUCAAUCAACCCAGACGUCAGACGAAAACAUGUCUAAUAAUAAUAGCUCACCAAGAAGCCCUGAAAGUGGUGAUGGAAUGCUGCAUUGCGCGAGCGGUGACGAACCUCCUUCUAAGGCAAAUUCAUUUAGAAUAUCUUUCCGACAAAAAUACCGUAAGUCUUUGGAUAAUAACAAUGAUCAUUCGAGUAAGGACAGUUCUGGUUAUACAGAACACGGUCUUUACAAACCACAAACAUCUCGCUUGGAGAACGAUUCACUGAGUUUGUCUAAUUCUGCGGGUUACUUGUCAUUAAAGAGAAAACGACUCAUGAGUUAUGCAAUAGAUAAAGAAAAAGAAAUCAUCACCAAAUGCCAAGACAAAACAACCACUGAAGGAGAAUAUCUUUUAAAACAGGGCGAGAAGAAUCACAGUUUCGAAGAAACGGGAAACGACGUUAUUGCACGAAAAACGGUUUGCGUAAAUUCUGCCGACUCGCAGCUCGAUAUCGAAGGAAUGGCGAAGAAAAGCGAAGAAAAUGAAAUUCAAGUAAUUUAUGAAUCUGAGCAACUCCUGAACGCUGAACAGCACAGUAAAGACAACGUUUCUUCUUCGUCACCAGGUUUGCACGAGGACAAUUCGCACGUUGUAUCAUCUAGUAAUGAAAAGAAUGUUCACAGCCAGCGAACGGAAGACCUUACUAACACAGGCGGAGCUCGUCGCAUGACUGAAGAUGAAAAACGAGAACAACCUGUAAGAAGACUCACUUCCAGCAUGCCAUCCCUAACUAACGUUAACUCAGCCGGAACUUUAAAUACUUCGAUUAACACUAGUGUCGUACCGAAAGGAGCUGUCUCGUCAGACCUUACUUCAAUUAACACUAGUGUCGUACCGAAAGAAGCUGUCUCGUCAGACCUUACUUCAAUUAACACUAGUGUCGUACCGAAAGAAGCUGUCUCGUCAGGCCUUACCUCAUUUAACACUGAUGUCGUGCUUAAAGGAGCUGUCUCGUUAGGCCUUACUUCGAUUAACACUGGCGUCGUGCUGAAAGGAGCUACCUUGUCAGGCCCUACUUCAAUUAACACUAGUGUCGUACCGAAAGGAGCUGUCUCGUCAGGCCUUACUUUAAUUAACACUAGUGUCGUACCGAAAGGAGCUGUCUCGUCAGGCCUUACUUCAAUUAACACUGGUGUCGUACCGAAAGGAGUUGUCUUGUCAGGCCUUACUUCAAUUAACACUAGUGUCGUGCCGAAAGGAGCUGUCUCGUCAGGCCUUACUUCAAUUAACACUGGUGUCGUGCCGAAAGGAGCUACCUUGUCAGGACUUUCUGGUGUUACUCAAAGUUAUGAAACGCUUAAUAAGAAUGACAACCAAAACGACUAUUCAUUGGCUAUGGAGAAACGGCACCCUUUCCGAAAUCUGACAGAAGAAAUGCAAACCAGAAAAAAAGAGCUUAUUAUUUUAGACCAACUUGCCAAAGAGCGUGAAAAGGAGUAUAAAGAGCUGCUACAAACUCGUAAAGAAAAACACAGACUGCUUGAUAUGCUGGAAAAAUGCUUCCCUAAACUGAUAGACUCACCUAAAAUGGAAGAUGAUGAAAAGCAACCUUUCAAACCCGAGACUCUAAAUGCAGAAACCAUUCCAAUGAAUACGAACUGUAAGUUUGAAAUAAACGCAAACUUCAAAACUGAUCAGCCUAUCGCAGAAACAAAACCGUCCGUUUUCAAUCUAAAGGAAGCUUCAGCUUUGGCAGAGAAUGAUGUUUUUAGUACUGGUGAAUCUUCGGAAAAAACACAUGCAUUAAGUGGAAAUCCUUGUAGAGAUUCAGAAAAAACAGGUCUUUUAAGUGGUAAUCAAGAAACAGAUCCUGUAAGUGGUAAUCAAGAAACGGAUCCUGUAAGUGGUAAUCAAGAAACAGAUCCCAAAACAACAUCCAACGUUUCAAAGCUCUCCGGACCAGUUUGGAAAAGCGAAUCAAAGCCUUCUCAUUGCCACACGAUACCCACGGCCGCAGUUAAUCCCGUAAGGCCUCAGCCAGCACCACUCAUUCAAACGUAUUCUUCUGUUUCUUCAUCGCCACAGUUGGUGCCACCUCUGUACAGAAGUAAAGAAGCAACAGGGGCCACGCAACACGAUGACAAAUUUGAUCAAACACCAGAGAAACAAAAUCCAAAGAGCGUUGUGGAAAACAAAACGUUCUCACCAAGCGUUGCUACUGUGGCCCCAGUGAUGAAUAACUUAUGCCAGCCAAGUGACGUAUGUGAGGACAAACCAUCAUAUCCGCCUAAUAUCCAUCUUCGAACGUUGUACAACAGCCACUUGUCUUCAGUCACAAAUUCUUUUCCGUCACUUCAGAAACUUCACAACUGCGUAAGAGAACAUAAAAAUGACCACUGUGAAGUUUGUGAGAGGAUAACUGGUUGUUCUGCACCUAACCCUAAUUCAAACGUGUGUUUUACUAGAGAUAUUGUCCAGAAACAGGGCGGAUUUUUGCCACAAGAGCGGAUGAAUGAAUUGAGAAGCAGCCAGAACAAGAAGACAGCCUUCUAUACUGUCCGUCCAAAUGUGUUUUCCCAUCCAACUCUUGUAAACCCUUUAGUAGUGCCCUCACUAUCUGGUUACUCUGGAACGAGUGAACCUAGACACUCUUUCAGACAUGAUAACCCAAUACAAGUUAGAGCAUCUUCUGAUGCCUCGCACAGGUUAUAUAACCCAAACUUUACUACGUCAAUUAAAAACUUUGCUUCGCAGGUGCCAUUUUCAUAUCGGCCCGAAACGGCCAUGAUAAACUGUACUUUACCAGACUUGUCUUCUCAGACUUUGUUCAGACCACUGAUGAAUUCCACUCACUCCAGAAUGGAAGUCCGUCCAAUAAUACAGCAACAGCCUCAUCAGGUGGUACAACAGCGCGGGAACGAUUCAAGAACUAUGAAUCCGCAAACUUUUUCGACUGGAGCUCCACUAUACGACACAUGGACGCAACGGCCAAUGAUGCUUAACUACCCGUCCCCUCAGUCAAUGGUGCAUCUUCCGAGUGAUCAUUUUCGUGAUACUCAGGCAAUGGGUAAAAAUCGUAACUUCUCCAGUAAAGACGUAGCAAGCAACCAGAAGGCACGUCCUCGCUGUGGUUUAUGCGGUAAAAAAGCUAUCUUUAUGUGUUCUGGCUGUAAACAAAGCUGGUAUUGCGGAGAAAGUUGCCAGGUGAAACAUUGGCCUAAUCACUCAAAGUUCUGCAGAAAAUGACGUAUCUUCUUGCUACCUGUGUGCUAUUCGUGACUUCUGAGAAAAGGACCUCUAGCGGACUCUUUCUAAAGCAUUAGUUAAAUAAAGGUUUUUGUUUAAAGCAUACAGGAACAAGCGUGAGGCAGUUUAUUUGAACUUUUAAACUUCAAGAAAGAUAAACGCUCAUAGGAAGAGAAUUUUGAAAUAUUCCGUAGAAGGCGUUUUAUGUGUGUGUGUGUGUGUGAUUUUAUUUUGCUCAUCAAAUACUGUGUAUUUGGACGUAUACCUACAGCCAAGAAGAGAAAGCCAGUGGCUACUAGCCUUUUUUAAGUUUUUAUUACUUUACGUCAACGUUUAUUAUUGACUUACUUGUACCAUCACCAAAUAUUAAUUCUAUGGCUACCGGGUCCUUAAAUUUUCGGGACAGCAUCCAGACAAAAGAUGGUCAAUCGGAAGGAAACCAUCCACUCACAUUAUCUUUUGUGGCUUCGAGACCAAGAAAACAAACGUAAAAAGACCAGAAGAUAUUUAAUAGAAAACUUAUUCGAACUUUUCUUAUCAUUUGUGUAUAAUAUGGUUGAGUUUGUGCCACAACUAUGAUUUCUAGAAAGUGUAUUUUCUUUCGCAGCUCGUAUAUUGUGAUUUGCACUCUAGUCGUAGAUGGCGCUGAGGUAGUGUUUUUCCACAACUAUAACGAAAGACAAAUGACUAAUAAUCGUGUUCAAGUAAUGUUGCCUGAUAACGCUGCUGUAAAUUGGUGUGGCUGAAACGCUAUCUUAUCUUUUAUUGCUGUAUUUGUUUUCGUAUUAUAAUGCAAGGCAACAUUUGAGCUGUGUCCGCAGCAAAGAUCGAAACCCGAUUUUAGCAUGAUAAAGUCAUCAGAAGACACUGCUAUAUUGAAUAGUCCAUGAAAUUUGUGACACCAUAAGCAAAACCGUAUCAAAGAGUCUCCUGGUGAAAAUAUAUAUAAAUACAAUUUUUUGUAGUUGUAAUUAUUCAGUCAAAAAACAUUAAGUUGUUGUUAUUACCAAUAACAUGCAUCUUUAUAUACACUUAACAUUAAACAAUAUAAAUUGAAUGCUGCUAGACGUAGGAAAACAUGAGCUGUAGACUUAAAAUAUGAGUGAAACGUCAUUCUUAGACAAGCUAUAGGCUUGAAAUAUGGGUUAAAAGUCAUUCUUAGACCAGCUGUAGGCUUGAAAUAUGGGUUAAAAGUCAUUCUUAGACCAGCUGUAGGCUU